AUGGUAAAUGGCCUAGCCCCGUCGCUUGCCCUCAGUUUGACGGCGGCGACCUCAUCUUCACUCGGCCUGCCUUCUCCUUCUCUUGCAGUCUCCGCCCAUCCUGCAAGCGCUCUAUCCGCCGUCACUUCCCACCUGCCGCCUUUCCUACCCCCAUUGCCCUCGACCAUGGCGGGGUGGAUCGGUUGGUUAUUUACCUUCGCCUUUCAGGUCGUCCCCCGCGCCCUGUACUGGUUCAUCACCUUCUCAACCAUCACACUGCCUACAUGGCUGUUUACUCUCUUUUCAAUGAGUCUGACGUUCACCAUGAACUUCACCACCCUUAUGUUGAUUGUUCUCGUCCUGGUAUCGACCGUCAGCUGGUUCAUUCGUUACCGGUUUUUGAACAUGUAUAGCCGCUUGCCUCCCGAGCCCCAACGCAAAGAAGCCCAAAUCGAUCUCUUUCCGGAUAUUCAAGAAGGCGACUCCAAACCGGGUCUUGCCAAUUACCUCGAUGAGUUCUUGACUGCAAUCAAGGUCUUUGGUUAUCUCGAGCGGCCGGUCUUUCAUGAAUUGACCCGGACCAUGCAAACUCGAAAGCUUAUUGCUGGAGAGACGCUCAUGCUGGAGGAAGAGAAGGGGUUUUGCUUAGUGGUAGACGGGUUGGUGCAAAUUUUUGUGAAGUCAACGCGCGAAAGCAAGACGGGUUCGCAAGAGAAUUUGCACUUGGAUGAUGUCACAUCCGACGAGGAAGAUCACCAUGUGCACGGCCGCCAGGGCUAUCAACUGCUCACUGAGGUCAAGAACGGUGCAUCGAUGUCGUCCUUAUUUUCCAUUCUCUCUCUAUUCACCGAGGACAUCGAACUGCGAAAUUCUCGAAGCUCCAGCUCAAGUACACCCAGCGCUGGCCAUGCAACCGCCAUUGUCCCAGAUUCAGCGCCGGGUUCAGUCCCUGUCAGCCCUAGCGUCGAUGUUAUGGAUAGCCCACGAUCCACUCUGAGGGACCAAGUCGAGAUUCAAGCUUCAAUCAAUGGAAAUAUGGAUGCUUUGCCGGCGGUUCCACCCUUGCAUCUGGGCGAAAGCCGUACCAGCCACACUCACACACCGCAACCCGAGCUUAACCGGCAAUCUAACAAGAGACGUCGAAAGUCUGUCCACCCAGAUAUUGUCGCACGUGCAACAGUGGACACCACCAUUGCUAUUAUCCCGGCUAGCGCCUUCCGUCGCUUGACUCGGGUGUAUCCGAGAGCCACUGCACAUAUUGUACAAGUCAUCCUGACACGACUACAACGCGUCACAUUCGCAACAGCUCAUUCCUAUCUGGGCCUGACAACCGAUGUUCUGGGCAUCGAACGUCAGAUCUCGAAGUUUACAACAUGGGACCUUCCCAACGAUCUCCGGGGAGGUGCAUUGGAUCGACUGAAAGACAAGUUCAUGAGGGAACGGGAUCGCCUAGGACCCGAGGAAGUUUGCAAGGGUAUUGCGUUACACAACCCGUAUGUCGGACGGAGACGACGGUCAAGCAGCUCUCUUAGGAAAGAAGCUGUUUUGCAAGCUAGAUUGGCUAGCGAGCGUCGUCCUGUGCCACAUCCGCUCCAAAGACAGCCAACUGUCUUCGCGGAGCGAGACACGAGUGGUGUCAGCCCUGGAGAUUUACUCUCAACCAUUCAGCUUUCUCGAUUUGGACCACGUUACGACCGCUACGACCAUAUGGAGCCUCGGGUCCAAAGCCCCCUGACUGAACGGGAGCGCCUUCCCUUUCGACCAGCUGUUGGCAUGGAUAGUCAUCCAUCUCCAUUCCAGAGGAAAGACUCGAUUGACGAGGACACUCUUUUCCGCGAAUCGAUUCUGGAUUGUAUGAUGAAAGGAAUCGGCUUGACGGAGAGUACGCGCGAUGCUCUGCGCAAGAGCAGCCAUAACUCCGGUGAUGUUUCGCCCAAGCUAUUAUCCUAUGAUUCUCGUCGACAAAAGGCCGUCUUUUCCAAUGCCUUUGGGUUCAUUGAUCCAUACGAGGGAUCUGGAGAUGGAGAGACUGAGUCCAUGAUGUCCAUGUCGGUGACUAGUGCUGGUGGAACAUCACCUGUUGUAAACCUUCGGGAUGAACUGCGAAAUGACAUUGAGGUUGUCUAUUUCCCCCAAGGAUCCGUUCUUGUUGAACAGGGUGAACGCCAUCCGGGUCUUUAUUAUGUCAUUGACGGGUUCCUGGAUGUCGGCAUUCCCGCCAACGAGGGUGGUGAUGAUCUUGUCGGAGGCUCUCGCCCAAUGAACGGCUCUAUCUCGCAAGCGCAAGAGGAGUUGUUUCCAAAGUUGCGACGUACCACCACCGGCUCAUCACGAGCUUCAGGUGCAAACGGCGCCGCUGAUGGCAGACGCAAACCUCUCUCACGCAAGUCCUUGUACUUGAUUAAACCAGGAGGUAUGCAAGGCUAUGUUGGCGCCCUUGCCUCCUACCGUUCGUACACCGAUGUCGUCGCCAAGACUGACGUCUACGUCGGAUUCCUUCCACGAGCAUCUCUUGAACGUAUCGCAGAGCGUUAUCCCAUUGCCCUUCUCACCUUGGCAAAACGAUUGACGAGCCUACUCCCACGUCUGUUGCUUCAUAUUGAUUUUGCUCUCGAGUGGGUUCAAGUCAACGCUGGCCAGGUUAUUUAUCACCAAGGCGACGAGAGCGAUGCUAUCUACCUUGUGUUGAACGGCCGGCUCCGAUCUGUUCUUGAAUCAUCCAAUGGAAAAAUGACGGUUAUCGGUGAAUAUGGACAGGGUGAAAGUGUGGGCGAGCUUGAAGUCAUGACCGAGUCUACUCGCCCGGCAACUCUGCAUGCGAUCCGAGACACGGAACUUGCCAAGUUCCCUCGCUCAUUGUUCAAUAGUUUGGCACAGGAACACCCAGGGAUCACGAUCCAGGUAUCCAAGUUGAUCGCCCAGCGCAUGCGUGACUUGGUUGAACAUCCGCUGUCUGAAAAGGGAAUUGAGCAAGGUCUUGUUGGCGGGGUUCAAACUGCAACCUCCACUGUCAAUCUGCGAACUGUUGCAAUUCUCCCUGUUACAGCAGGCGUCCCCGUCGUGGAGUUCGGACAUCGUCUCCUUCAUGCUUUACACCAAAUAGGUGUGACAAGGGGAGUUACCUCUUUGAACCAAGCCGCCAUUCUUAACCAUCUCGGACGGCAUGCUUUCAGCAAGAUGGGAAAACUGAAAUUAUCUCAAUAUCUUGCCGAUCUUGAAGAAAAAUAUGGAUUGGUGCUGUACAUUGCAGAUACUAAUGUCAACUCCCCUUGGACCCAAACAUGCAUUGCGCAAGCCGACUCAAUUCUACUAGUUGGUCUUGCUGAGUCUUCUCCAAGAAUCGGCGAAUACGAGCGCUUUCUCCUCGGAAUGAAGACAACUGCACGUAAAGAGCUGGUUCUUCUUCACGCUGAGCGUUACUGUUCACCUGGAUUGACACGUCGCUGGCUCAAGAAUCGCCUCUGGAUCAAUGGCGGUCAUCAUCACAUUCAAAUGGCCUUCCGCCUGACUGCCGAGCCUUCACACCCUCAGACCAAGAAAUUUGGUACCGUGCUGAAACAGAGAGUACAGAUCCUACAAGCAGAAAUUCAGAAGUACACCUCUCGACGCAUCCAGCAAACCCCGCUCUAUUCUCCACAGACGCCGUUCAAGGGUGACUUCCACCGUCUUGCUCGACGACUUUGUGGCAAAUCUGUUGGUCUUGUGCUCGGAGGCGGCGGCGCUCGAGGUAUCUCUCAAGUUGGCGUGAUCAAGGCUCUUGAAGAAGCAGGCAUUCCCAUUGACAUCAUCGGUGGAACUUCCAUUGGCUCGUUCAUUGGCGCCUUGUAUGCUCGAGAUGCCGAUGUAGUACCUAUGUAUGGACGGGCUAAGAAGUUCUCUGGGCGCAUGGGAAGUAUGUGGCGAUUUGCAUUGGACUUGACCUAUCCGACUGUUUCGUACACCACGGGCCACGAGUUCAAUCGCGGCAUCUUUAAGACUUUUGGUGACAGCCAGAUCGAGGAUUUCUGGCUCGAGUUUUAUUGUAACACAACCAACAUCAGCCGGUCUCGUCCAGAAUAUCACUCCUCAGGGUAUGUCUGGCGCUAUGUUCGCGCGUCUAUGUCUCUGGCUGGCUUGAUCCCACCUAUCUGCGACGAAGGCAGUAUGCUGCUAGAUGGCGGAUACAUUGACAAUCUCACCGUGGCACAUAUGAAGAGCCUCGGUGCCGACGUUAUCUUCGCUGUGGAUGUUGGCUCCAUUGAUGAUAAUACACCGCAAGGUUACGGCGACUCCCUCUCCGGGUUCUGGUCAGUAUUGAAUCGAUGGAACCCUUUCUCGUCGUGUCCCAAUCCGCCCACUCUCUCCGAGAUCCAAGCCCGUCUCGCCUAUGUCUCCUCAAUCGAGAAUCUCGAGAGGGCGAAGAAUACUGCCGGUUGUCUCUACAUGCGACCUCCAAUCGACCCCUAUGGUACUCUUGACUUUGGAAAAUUCGACGAGAUCUACCAGGUCGGCUAUGCCUACGGCAAGGAAUUCCUCGACCGCCUCAAGAAUGAGGGCUCCCUCCCGAUCCCCGAAGAAACCGAGGAAAAGCGCAAGUUACAGCGCACUAUGGCUCCCCGACGAGCCAGUAUCUAA